AGUCUUUAAAUACAAUUCCACGAAAUGUUGAAGGAUAUAAAAAAGAAAUAUAUACAUAUAAGAGACGCAGUGAGUAAUCCAGAGUAGAAAAUACCCACCAAGAACAAAAAACAACAGCAGCAAUAUAAAUGGUCCUACAGUUUGUGUAUUUGGAGUAAACCGAAAAACUACAACUCCCAUAAUACAUGAGCCGCUUGAGUAAUCCCUGAGACUUUAGCCGCCUGUCCCGACAUUUGAGACUUCGUUAUGUUGUUCAGUGUUUUUGCAGCAAUUCAUCGAUGCACUGUUGACAAACUGUUUUUCACGUCAGUGAGGACCAAACAGCUCGCUCCGCAGUCCACUGGUAAGUCUUGAGGUCGCCACCAUGGGGACCAGGAGAGUGCUGGUUACUGGUUGCUCCUCUGGUAUUGGCUUGGCUGUGGCAGUACGCUUGGCCAAGGAUGAGACCAAACGGUUUAAAGUAGUUGCCACAAUGAGGGAUCUUGAGAAACGUGGCCCUUUAGAAAAAGCAGCAGGUGAUUUAUUAAAUAAAACCCUGGUGAUCCAAAAGUUGGAUGCCUGCUGUGAAGAAUCCAUCAAAGAGUGCAUCAACAGCAUCCCCAACCGACAAGUGGAUGUCCUCGUGAACAAUGCGGGCAUUGGCAUGAUUGGACCACUGGAGUGCCAAAGUAUUACCUCAAUGAAAGAACUCUUUGAAGUCAACUUCUUUGGCCUGGUGCGAUUGGUGAAAGAGGUGCUGCCAGACAUGAAGCAAAGGCAGAGUGGCCAUAUCGUGGUGAUGAGCAGUGUCAUGGGGAUACAAGGACUUCUGUUCAACGACAUCUACUCUGCGUCCAAGUUUGCUGUGGAAGGAUUUUGUGAAAGUCUGGCAGUGCAAGCAAUGAAAUUCAACAUCAAGACUACACUGGUGGAACCUGGUCCUGUGAUGACAGAGUUUGAAAGAAAAGUGUAUGAGGAUGCAGAGAACACAGAUCUGUCUGAGACAGACGAGGAGACGGCCAGGAUCUUCCGUGACAUUUAUCUUCCAUACUCUAGAAAGGUCUUCACAACUUUAGGCCAGACACCAGAGGAUGUGGCCGAGCAAACACAUAAAGUGAUUACAGCCAAGGAGCCUCCUCUACGGCACCAGACCAACCGACUGUACAUGCCCAUGACUGCACUAAAGCAUGCAGAUCCCACUGGCAGACUUCCUCUGGAAGCUUUCUAUAAAAUGAUCUUUAAACAUGACGCUGUUUUUAACGCCACCUUGGGGAUUCUGCGCAUGAUGAAUCGGAGGAAGGGGAACAAAUAAUAAUUUAAUGGAAGUAGAUGCAAUAGUUGAUUAGGGUUACUGCAGUUAUUCUUGUAAACAAAUAAAUCUUUUGUUAGCUUUGUUACCCUUAGAAGAGGAUUUAAUGAUUUUUCUUUUUUCUUUUUGAAGAUAUAAACUGGAUGUAUGUGAUCCUUUAAAUUUAUUGGUUUGAUUUUGGUCAUUAGAAACUCAGGUGUUUUUUUUUAACCCUUCAAAGCCUGAUAGAAGAAAUUGUUCUAUACUUUUAAAAACUGCACUGUCUAUUAUAUGCUUCUGUCAAAUUAUGUCUAUUUAAAUAUUCCUAUUUUAUGUUAUUGCAUUAAUAAAUUAUAUCUUGAAAACUG